AGCGUGCUGGCGGGCUACUCAACUUAUCACGGAAUUCAGUUUAUAUUCUUGCUUUCCGCUUCGUUCAACGCCACUGCAAAAAUGGUGCGACGACGCAACCUCGUGCGUAAAAUAUGUGCAAUUUUUGCAAUUGUGAUUUGUCUCGUCUUGCAAAUGAGACAAACGGGACACAUUGAGGAAAAUUACUCCAGGCUCAGCGAGGGACAGAUCGAGCAAAUUGCGGAAGGGGCCGCUGCUGACAUGGAAAAGAGGCGAAACCUCGUUAAAAACGUGUGCAAGAAGUACCGUUUGGGCUUGUACGAAGUCAAGGGGAAAAAGUCGCAGCUCUUCGACCAUCCUCGCAUUGCGAUCGACCACCAUUUCAUUAUUCUCCAGGAGCACAACCUGACGUACUGCCCAAUAAAUAAAGCGGCGUCGAGCACGUGGCGCCACCAUGUGCUGCAUUUGACCGGAAUCUCAGGAUCCAUUCCUCAGGGUAGCAUUCUCGACCUGCACCAGCUGGGAAAGGCGCUGACAAGUAGUAUCAAGAUGGUGACGGUGCGGCACCCAUUCGUGCGACUCGUGUCCGCCUUCAGGGACAAGCUGGAGAACGUGUCCGCCACGCCAAACAACCCCAAACAGUUAUACUCGCGGCUAGUGUGGGGCAAGAUCGAAGCCAGAACCGGCAGCCGCGGUUCCGGUGACGUCACCUUCCGCCAAUUCGUCCGACAUCUCAUCGCUGAGCCCGCGGAAGAUUUGGACGAGCACUGGCGUCCGUUUUACGUGCAGUGCAUGCCGUGCGUGGUGAAUUACGACGUGAUCGCGCACGUGGAGACACUAUUCAGAGACCAGAUGUACCUGAUCAGGGCAGCUAGGCUUGAGGGCAAAAUACGACCAGCGUGGCAGAACAGGGCGGCUUCCGGCGCCAUUGACCCUAGCCGAUAUUUCCAGCAACUCUCCAAGAACGAUGUACGCCGUCUGCACGGAAAAUUCAGGCUCGACUUUGAGCUCUUCGGGUAUGACCAACUUGAAAGCUACCUCACGUUCGCAAAAGAAAAAGACUAG